AAACAAUCAGUCUACGAAUUUUCGUAUAAAUAAACGAUGGAAGAGGUCCUCAAAAACAGUACGAUCCCAACAUUUAGACAGUUCACUUUAAAAACUUUAAAUUCGUCUUCAACAACUUAACAAAAUGGCAAAAUUCAUGAUUAUCUUUGCAACUCUGUUACUAUUGGCAUUUGUCGCUAGUUCACCACUUCAUGAUGGAGGACGUCUUUUGGGACAAAAUGGACAUGGACAACGAGGUUAUGAUCAAGGCGGUCAUGGACAGCAAGGUUUAGGUCAACACAAUUAUCACAAUGGUAAUAAUUUGGGACAAGAUGGUCAUGGACAACAUGGCUUCGGUCAUCAUGAAAACGAUGGACAUGAUCAUAGUAAUAGUGGUCGCGAGGGACAUGAACACCAUAAACACGACCAUUCUCGUCAUCAUCAUUAAGUAACAUUAAGUAAUUUCGUGUGAUCUAAUUUUAACAAGAAAUAAAAAAGUGCCAUAAAAGUUCUUAAAUUUGUAAAAAGCAA